UACAUAUACAUUAAUAUUAAUUAAUAAUAAAAAUUGUUAUUAUAUAUAAAGUCCUCGUUUCUAUAACGGCUCUGUAGACUCUGUUCAGUCCUCAUUCUACCCAAACCAUAAACCCUAGCCGUCUUCCAUCGUCUUCGUUCAUUCCUCAAUCAACAAUGACAGGAGAUGCAGUAAACCCUAAAGCGUACCCUUUGGCUGAUGCUCAGCUUACAAUAACGAUUAUGGAUCUUGUUCAACAAGCUGCAAACUACAAGCAACUCAAGAAGGGGGCAAAUGAAGCGACGAAGACCUUGAAUAGAGGUAUUUCUGAGUUUGUUGUUAUGGCUGCUGAUGCUGAGCCUCUUGAGAUUCUUCUCCAUCUUCCUCUUCUUGCCGAGGAUAAGAAUGUUCCCUACGUGUUUGUCACAUCAAAACAAGCACUUGGGCGUGCUUGUGGAGUAACCCGACCAGUGAUUGCUUGUUCUGUUACCACUAAUGAAGGAAGUCAAUUGAAAUCCCAAAUUCAGCAACUCAAGGAUGCUAUUGAGAAGUUGCUAAUCUGAAAACUUCCGAUUCCGAAUGAUGGUAUGAUGGGCUUCUUGAGUUGUGCUGAAAGCGCCUUCAGAGGCUUUGACUGGACGACUUGUUGUGCUAUCCUAUAUACUAUGUUAACCUAUUUUAAUUUUUCUUUCUACUGCAAAAGGUUGUUUUUGUAAGGUAUUUUGGUUCUAGUAUGAGUUAUGUUUUGAACUGGUUUUAUGAAAAUUGCUUAGUGAUCCUUGGAUGAGUAGAAUUUUCAGUUUAAUAUCAAAAAUGGGUUUUGUGCA